UCUUCCUUGGAACUGCCUUCUAAAGAAGUGACAUAGGUUGGACAAAAUGACAGUGAAUAUAGUGAUCAGGACAAAAUCCCAGUUACUGGAAUAUUUAAGGCACAGGAAGGAGGAGGGAUUGUGUCCUAUAGUACCAAUUCUAAUUAUUGCUCUUUGUGAUGAUUAUCUAGGAAACAGGGAAACGUAUGCAUAAAAAACAGCAAAGAAAUAAAUUGACUGAAAUUCUAUGACACUAUAAAUGGAAUUAGUAAGCACUGCAUUUGCUCCUGAGAAUCUGGAGACAUGAAACAUGAGACAAAAACAUUUGUUCUGUCCACGGAAAACAUAGCUGGGAUAGGGGUUGUCCUUGUCUCUGAACACAAUUUCUGAACUAUUUAGCAUUUGGCCUUUCUGCUCCAGCAAUAGACUCACUCGAAGCUCAUCUUGUCUGCUUUUACAGUCUUUUCUUUCAUUCUUUCUUAAGCACACUUGCAUUUGCUCCUAUAUAUUAUUUAGUGGAAAUACUAUGCUUUUGUAACAUACCUGUGGGUGAAACAGACUCUGUAGGCACAGUUUGCACCCUGUAUUUGGAAUAAUUGGCAUGAAGAAAGAAAAUAGGCUGCAGUUCAGUACACAGGGUAUAAGCAUGGAAAACAAUAAAAAGAAUAUAGAGUUUCCUGUAUUUGCCCACGAAUUACUGUAUUCUAUGCCAUAGAAAACCUGAAGGAAAUCAUCAAUAAAACUGUGCCCUAGUUGCAUCCUUUUUUCUGGCUUUAUUUCUUUUUUUCCCCUUCUCUUCUUGGUUCUUUUUUUUUUUUAGAAGCAGCCUUCUUCUGUAGCAUGUGAGAGAGUGAUGCAAUCAAGACUCCAUCACAUCAUAUUUCAAAUACUCAGUUGCUCAUUGAAUGGUAGAAUCUCCACCCUUGCUUCCUGUAUCUAUAUUUUAGUUUACUUAAAAUAAAUUAUAGUACUAUGAAAGUCUGGUCAGAUGAAACAGAUUUGUGUCACAGCUACCUAUCAAGUCUUAGAGAAGAUGAGCAGUAGCAAAGGCAGAAGAAACACCAAAAAGAUCAAGCAACAGUUCACUCGACCCACUGGUGUGUCUAAAAAUACCAACCACGUUGAUCUUAAAGUACAAUGCAAUAUGUGAAGGAAGAUUUUCCCAAAAUGGUGAACAAACAGAAUAAGGAGCCACACAACAAUAUAACUUAUUUUAAAAAAUGAAGAACUUGGACAGAAGGAUAACUGUCGGGCAGCAGCACACACUCUAGGGUGUGCAAACAGUCCCCUGAAGGGCCAAAAUCCAGUGCACAUUUUUAUUCCCAUCUAGGGAGCUUCCUGCCAUUUUUGUACUUAUAGACUGGUUUUAGAGAAGACCACACGUGAACGUACACUGUACGAUUUAUCACGUGUGAUGUUGCAUGUCUACUGUUAGAUUACUCUGCGACAAAUGCUGUAAAUAAGCCUUGGCUUUUGAGUUAACCUUGAGCCUGAUGACAGUGAUCUGGAUGAUGGGAUCAAGUGUACCCUCAUGAGAUUUGCUGAUGAUGUCAAACUGAGCAGGGAAGCGGGCAUUUUGGAAGGGAAAGCCAUCCUGCAGGAAGACCUGGACAGACUGGAAGGAAGAGUGGGUUAGCAGGAACCUCAUGAAAUUCAACAAAGAUGAGUAUAAGACCGUGCACCAGGGAAAGUAUAUUCCAAGAGUGCAGCACAGGCUGGGAUCUACCUGGCUAGAGAGUAGUUCUGUGGAAAGGGACCUCAGGGUGCUGGUGGACAAGUAGGUCAAUAGGAUUGAGCACUUGCUGCUGUGGCAAUGGAAGCCAUAAUGAGGAGAAUUUCACUCGUGGAAGUUCAAAUGGAGACUCGAUUUGGACUCCGUGCACCACCAACGGCAUCCCCGGCAGAGAUAAAGAAGACAUUGUCCCACUCUACUCAGCGCUUGUCAGGCCACACCUGGAAUACUGUGUUCAGUUUUGGUCCCUGCUAUGCAAAACAGAUGUGGACGGGCUGGAGAGGGCCCAGAGAAGGACCACUGAGGUGAUCAAAGGACUGGGAAGCCUGACAUGUGAGGAGAGGCUGAGAGAACUGGGUUUGUUCAGCCUUGAGAAAAGAAGGCUUAGUGGAGACAUUAUCACCAUGUUUCAAUAUUUAAAGGAUGGUUACAGAGAAGAUAGAAAAUCCCUUUUUGCAAGGAGUCACAUAGAAAAGAUGAGGAGUCAUGGGUACAAUUUAUUCUUCAUGAAGUUUCGAUUGUUCACAAGAGGACAGUUUUUCACAAUGAGAACAAUCAGCCAUUGGAAUAAUCUCCCGAGGGAAGUGAUAGGUUUCCCCAGCAUUGGACACUUUUAAGAUUUGUCUGGACAGGGUGCUGAGCUUUUUUUACACUGUGCUUUUGCCAUGAAAGGUUGGGUUGGACCAGAUGAUCCUCAAGGUCCUUCCAACCUGGUGUUCUAUGACUCUUACAGUUCUAACAACAUGUCUUACACGUGCACAAGUUGCAUAAAGCUCAUGGAGGCUCUUGGUGCCAGCUAGGUCUGUGAGUUAACUAUGGGAGAGACAUGUAUCACAGAAAUAUCUUGCAAGACAUGGUCUGUAGGACCCCUUGCAAUCCCAUGCAGGCUCUCUGGGCUGGACUCCUUGUGUGUUUUGUUUCUCAUUCAUCUUCCUUCCUUUAAAAGGUGAAAACCUGACACAUCUUGCCCCCAGAGGAAGAAAUAUACCUCCCGGUGACCACCAGUAACCUGGUCACUGACCACAGUUCCUUCCACUUGCUGUGCUGAACUUCAUCUCCAGCAAUGUUGGCUUGUGACAAGGAGCUGUCAUGUGGAGAUUAUUGCUGGGGAAACUGCAUCUCCCACAGAGGCGCUGGAAGUUCCUCCAUGGUCCCAGGGAAGCAGGGAUGAAUCACAUUUCCUUCUUAAAUAAAGGUGGCUAGAGGGUAGCUCUGUGUUAAUGCUGUGACAUGAGGUCUGCGGCUGCUUUUGGUUCUGCACACCUCUGAGCAGCCUUUUAGAGGCAAAACCCAACCAAUAAGGAAGGUAACUACUGGCUUUGCUGGGACUCUGUUGGCCACUUUUGCACAGGCAAGUCCGGUAGCUGUUACAUCAGCACAUUUUUGCUUCUGGCAUGUAAAGUUCAAGUGGUGCAGGCUUGCUAAACAGUUUCCCCUUCUUUUAAGGGGUAUUUUUUACCCUCUCAGCCACAGAGGAAUGACUUUGCUUCACUUACAAAAGUUAAAAUGUAGUAAAUACUUUGAUGUAAAGAAUUUUACGGAUUUUCAUGCCAGAAAAGGCAUUUUGAUUAGCCAUAUUUCAAUGAGACAUUAAAAAAACCUGCUUGUGUGCGUUUUUAAAAAUUGCUAUUAUUACCACUCACACAACAGGUAGUAAAAGCUGAUGAUACAGAGAUUUGUUUUGUACUUUUUAACAUAAGAUUGGCAGAAAAAUUGUCAGUUUUCUUAUUGCUCAAGAUGCUUUAAAUCCACACCCUCAAACUGUGAUUCAGCAAAUUCCCAGAGAACCGUGGUCUGAAACCCGGGUUCCUCCUUGUCCUGUCCUGCCAGGGGUGGAUUUCCCCUAGAGAAGCCAAUGAACAACAGCUCAUUUAUUUAUGUAUGUGGUGAGGAGGAAACUUGCUCCACUGUCUCUCCACCUCUUCCUGCAAAAUGUUAGCUCUCUUUUGCACCAAUCAGUUCAGGUCAUGAAUGAAAAUGGAACUGAGCGGCAGCGGAGCUGGGGUAUAGAAACUGCUGUUUUCAACAUCACUCCCUGGCUCUGCUCCACACCUCAUAAAUAAUACUUCUCACUUAAUUUUAGCUGCAGAGAGAAGCAAAAGCAAGCUGCCUGUGUCUUUCUUCAGCAAACCUAAGGUGCUCUUUCAGAGAGGCAGGACAGAGCACUCUGUUAUUAACUGACAUCAUCGAGGAAAUACACUUGCUUUUUAUUUUUUUGGCUGCAUUUUUUUUUUUUUUUUUGUUUGCCACAGUUGCGGCAGUAUCUUGAUGGGGAAGCUGAUCUCCAAAGGAUGGAAAAAAAGAGAUGCUCAAGUUGUCAUGCUGGGGCUCGACUUUGCUGGCAAAUCCACCCUUCUCUACAAACUGAAGAGCGGCCAGGCUGUGGAGACCUGUCCGACAGUGGGCUUCAACGUGGAGUCUUUGCAAACACCCUGUGGCAUAUCCUUCACCCUCUGGGAUGUUGGUGGACAAGACAGCCUGCGGGCAAGCUGGCCUGACUACCUGGAGGACAUCAACACCCUCGUCUUUGUGAUCGACAGCACAGACAUGGCUCGGCUGUCCGAAGCAGCGGCAGCACUGGAGGAAGCCCUGAGCCACCCCAGCAUGGCUGGCAUCCCCGUCCUCCUCCUGGCCAACAAGCAGGAGGUGCCAGGAGCACUGGCUCCUUCUGAGCUGGGGGAGAUGCUGCGGCGAGGGCGGCUGGCAGGGCACCGCUGGAUGCUACUGGGGUGCAGCGCCCACACUGGCCAGGGCCUGCAAGAAGUCCUGGCCAUCCUGGGAGAGCUGCUGCGGGACCCAGAGCCAAGCUCCCUAUCCCAAGAGCAGCCCAUCACAAGGCUGGCGGAGAGGAGGGAAGCUCCAGGACAAACCUGAAACUCACGCAGACCCUUCCCACUCAUCACUGCCAGGAGCUUUGUCACAGAGGAUUCCAGCCUUCAGGGACACUCUAAAAUGAGCAGACCUGUAGCUGGGACACACUGUGAAACACCCAGCUGCUCACCACUGAAACCCACCAGGAGAACAUCUGAGCAAAGCUCCCAUCGUGGAGCAGGUUUGGCCUCAUCUCUUAGACUCUCAUCACUGGCUGCAGCUUGUCCCACUGUCACCAUGUUCUGCUCAUCCACUGCACAUGUGUGUCUGGAGCUUCAGCAGGGAUGCUUUUUGCCAGAGCAAUAUAAAUUAUUUAUAUAAAUUAUAACAGAGACAUGUACAGAAGAGGUUUUCUUCUUUCUGCAGCUCCCAGCCCAGAUGCAGCCAUCCAGAUGGGGUAAUUCCCACAACAGCGGAGCUUAAACGUGUCCCAUGCUGCUUCUUUCUCAACAUGAAUCACAUGUUCAUUUGCUGGGAAAGCAGGCAGACACUAAAAGGAAUGGCUGGAUGGGAGCAGCAUAAACUCAGGACUUCAAAUGGCUAAACAGCUAAUUGGCUUUAGUGUGGCAUCUGUAGGUAUAAUCUUCAAACCAUGGAAGCAAGUCAGGAUUCAAUGGUGUAUUGCAGUUUGAGGAUGUGUAUAUAUUAAUUUAUGCAUUUCUUAUAAUGUUUCCUUCUUUUUCCAUUCGUUAUUUUUUGUCAAAUACUGAUUUCAUGACAAUGGUACCUCAUUUUCCUAUUAUAUUUAAAUAUAAAGAAAUCAGACCUGACUUUUAGAUGCUUGCAAAUAUGUCUGCAUGGCCAGUUAACCUCUAAAUAUCCUCAUGGUAGCCUGAACAGCCAAGAAAAACCCUGUCUCUCAGACUUUUUGAAACUGCAUGAGCCCACUCCAUGAACCCACUGGUUCAUAACCAUGGGCACCUAUAGGCACAGGCAGGUUGGUAACCAAAGGUCUCUCCACACUCUGUUUUGUCUGGGGCAGAUGAAAAUGCCCCUGGCAGCUCACGACAGGACAGGGUCCUGUGUGGCACUGAUGGUCUUUGUCCAAUCCUGCUCAGCCUACCACUGGAAAAACCUGUAAAAUAUGUGCCCUGUAUCCAAAAUUCUGUCAUCCAGGAUUAAAAUUAAAAUAUUU